GGGUGCAGGGCAAGCCUGCAGUUGAUACCGCAGUGUCAAGCUGGUGGACAGUGGACUCUGGGCAACAGGUGGAAAGCGGGCCUGUCCCUCCUGGCCACAGCCCAGGUUCAGGUGGGCGGAGCCUGGGGUGAAAGGCAGCAGGUGAUUGGGAUCGUGGUGUCCAGGUACCGCGCUUCUUCCUUCCCGUUGUCCCUGAAGACUGGCUCAAGAGACUUCUGGUCUGGGGGGUGAGGGGACUGUCCUAGCCCUUCCUACGAUGGGGCUCUCCUGGAAGGAGCGGGUCUUCAUGACUCUGCUGGGGGCAGCAACGGCGUCUGGCCUCACCGUCCUCGUCCUCAUCUUGGUGGAGGCCACCUACGUCCUCCUGCCUGCACACAUCAAGUUCGGGAUCGUGUUCGAUGCUGGCUCCUCCCACACAUCCCUCUUUGUGUACCAGUGGCCAGCAAACAAGGAGAAGGACACGGGUGUGGUCAGCCAGGCCCUGGCCUGCCAGAUAGAAGCUGGAGCCUUGUCCUCGGGUGCUGUUUCAGGGCCUGGAAUCUCUUCCUAUGCCUCUGACCCUGCACUGGCUGGGGAGAGCCUGAGGGGCUGCCUGGAGGAGGCACUGGCCUUGAUCCCAAAGACCCAGCAUCAAGAAACACCCACAUUCCUGGGGGCCACAGCCGGAAUGAGGCUGCUCAGACAGAAGAACAGCUCCCAGGCAAGGGAUAUCUUGGCUGCAGUCUCCCAAGUGCUAAGCGAGUUUCCUGUGGACUUUUGGGGUGCCAGGAUCCUGGAUGGACAGGAUGAAGGUGCCUUUGCUUGGAUCACCAUCAAUUAUGUCCUGGGGAUGCUGAUCAAGUAUUCCUUUGGAGAGUGGAUUCUGCCUGAAGAGGGGACGCAGGUGGGUGCCUUGGACCUGGGGGGAGCCUCCACUCAGAUCAGCUUUGUGCCACGGGGCCCCAUCCUGGACCAGAGCACCCAGGCCACCUUCCUCCUAUAUGGAGCCAACUAUAGAAUCUACACUCACAGUCAUCUUUGCUUCGGUCGUGACCAGAUGCUGAGCAGGCUCCUAGCCAGGCUGGCCCAGGACAGCCAGGCGGCCCUGGUCCGACACCCAUGCUACCACAGUGGCUACCGGGUCACACAAUCCCUGGCCCCCUUGUAUGAAUCGCCUUGUGUCCACUUUACAGCCCCCAUGAACUUCACCCAGAGCCUCGUGGUUGAGGGGACAGGCAACCCUGGGGCGUGUGUGGCAGCCAUCCGGGGCCUCUUCAACUUCUCCAGCUGUAAGGGCCGAGAAGACUGUGCCUUCAAUGGGGUGUACCAGCCCCCUGUGCACGGCCAGUUCUAUGCCUUCUCCAACUUCUACUACACAUUCCACUUCCUGAACCUCACCGCCAGGCAGUCACUGAGCACCAUCAAUGCCACCAUCUGGGAGUUCUGCCGGAGGCCCUGGAAGCUGUCCCAGGUGGAAGCCAACUACCCGGGGCAAGAGCGCUGGCUUCCCAACUACUGUGCCUCGGGCCUAUACAUCCUCACGCUGCUUCUGGAGGGCUACGGCUUCAGUGAGGACACCUGGCCCGGAGUCCAGUUCCAAAAGCAGGCCGGCGGCAUGGACAUUGGCUGGACCCUGGGCUACAUGCUCAACCUGACAGGAAUGAUCCCCGCUGAGGCACCAACUGAGGGGCGAGCUCAGAGCUACAGCACCUGGAUGGCUGGAGUAGUGUUUGUGGUGCUGACCCUUGUGACAAUUCUUGGGGCAGCUGCAGUUCAGCUCUUCUGGCCCCAGGACUAGGUGGUGACCAAAACUGAGCUAGAUUCUGGGGAGUAAUGUGUCUGCAGCACAAAUGGUGUUGGGAUUUAGCAGUAGCAAUGUGAAUGUUUACGUUGUCUGUACUCUGUGAGACAGCACCAGCUGUCCUUAGGAAAGAAAGCCCUUGACGCACAGGACCCACUGGGCCCAUCCUGGACGCCCACCUUCCUGAGCCACCGGACCCCAGGGGCUUCUGUUCAGCGGGCAGAUCAAGAGAGUCACAUCAUGACAUGCCUGCCCUUACCUUGCCCUUGGGGUCACACUGGCUGUAGGGAGACCAUCCCAAAGUGUAGAAACAGAAGGGGGGAUGUAGCUUUGAGGAGGGGCAGCCAUGGAGACAGGGUCCCCUCAGGAGGAGGGGUCAACCCAGCAGGGACCCCUAGCUCCCCACACUGUGAUCAGAGCAGACCAGAUGGUUGGAACUCAGGCCCCGCAGCCCAGCCUGCUCGCCUCAUGCUAUGAGAGCUUCAACUGGGCCUCUUUCAUCACAAGUCCCAGAAUAUGGGUCACAUCAUGGUGGGGGGAUAGUUUUUUUAUUAUUAUUAUUAAA